UAAUAACGGAUUUAAAGAAACAAGAAGCAUCCAUCCUGUGUCUUUGCGUCUGAACCACUGAUGUCUCAGAGAUCAGAUGUUGAUUUGUUCAGUGCACACAUGCAAAACUUCAUCGCUUCAUUGCGCCAGAUUUGAUUGGACCGUUAGUUUCAGACCCUGCAGCGCCCCCAGUGGUCCAUCUUCAUUAUAACCUGUGGCGUGUGGGCAGCAGCGCGGCAGCAGCUCGCUUCACUGUUCACCUGCCGGAGAGACAGAGAUCAGCUCCGCAACUCUUGCACAACGUGAUGGAGGGACGAACGCCAAACUGGAUUAUGUGUCUGAUCUAAGCCACUUCACCUUCAUCUCUGUCUCUGAGGUGACGAGUUCAGUGAUCAGUCAGCCAUCUGAUCUUCAGCUUCUCUGGGUCUCACAGAGCUCUCCAUGAGACAUGGUGCUACCUGAAAAAACCUCCAGACCAUCUGCUCCCAAGAAGGUUCCCAAGCAGCGCGGCCUGCAGCACCAGAGCCUGCCCUCCCCAGCCCUGUGCUGUGCCUGUGGCCUGUGCAUCAUGCUGGCUGGCAUCAACAUCACCCUGGUGGGAGCUUUCGCCUUUGGCACCUUCGUCCCUACUGGCAACCCCCCCAUCAUCAUCGGGCCUCUUCUCUUAUUGAUAGCCCUGGCCUUCUUCACAGGCUGCUGUGUGAUCAGCAGGAGGCCCCCGGCCCACAUGGCCCGCAAGGCUAAAGGAGGCGAGAAGUGGGGGCUGAUGCGGAUGGGGACAGCAGCGUUUGAGAUGGAGACAAGCGAGCACACGCUGCAGGACACUACGGCUGUUCAGCUCAGCCCCACCAACUCCCCCACCUCCUCUCACAAGUCCAGCUCCAGCCACGGGGUCGACAGCGCUCCGCCUCCGCCUGGCUGUCAGGAAGGAGCUGGUGAGCUGCACAUAUCAGAGAUGUCUGACAUGGGUGUCGCUGGAGAUAACCCCACCUUGACCUCUGAGAGCAAGGAGAGCACUCCCACACAGAUGCUGCCCGCUCAGGACACCUCCUCUACGUAGCGUGGACUUUCUUCUACAAACUGUAGAAGGCCGUUGGAGUGCUUAAUUGUCUUGCUGUUUACAGGAUGGAAAUGUGUUGUGUGUUAUUAUGUGUGUUACAGUAUGUUACUGAAUGUUUAUUGCUCAGUCCCAGGAUGUACAUCACAUUCCCAGAACAGAAACCAGAACAGGAACAGGAGAUGAUACCUUAAUCCAAGUGCCUGUUUGUAUACUUCUUGUUGUAUAAAACAUCCAGUUAAAGCAGAUUAUCCUGCAUUCAUGUCCUAUGGAUGGACUGUGGUUAGUGCUUGUCACAUUUCACGUUGGGAAAGAAGAUGAGUGUGUCCAGCCAAGCUUCUCUGAGUCAUUAAAGCUGUUCCUGUGUAAGCCUGGUAAAUCUCAGCCACAGUUUUUCACACACUUUGACAGAACUGUUGUGAUUUGUCUUUUUUAAAUGCUUGCAUCAGCUGCAGUGAGUGAGUCAAGAUCUGUGUCAAGAUGGAUAUUCAGGAACAAAUCAGUGAAUGUGUAUGUCAUGUUGUAGUGCCACUGUUAUUAUGUUACUGCAGACGUCAAUACAUGUUUGGGGCAACUAUACGUUUUAUAAAUAAAGCUGAAAUUUUGUUUGACUGUCA